AUGUUGACGCAACAGCCUCUGCGUGGCAUCCAGGGCGGCUGUUUAGGGGAUGCGAUGGGCCUCGGCAAAACGGUGGAGGUCAUCGCCACCUUUGCCAUUUUCGCCAUGAUCAAGGCGAACCACGAGGAAGUACGUAGAUUCUGGAAAGAUGGCACUACGACGGGGGGUCGGUCGCAUCUGGCCGAGCAGCGGACGGGGGAUGAAACCCAGUGUCCCAGCCAGCAGACCUCGCCAUACCCGACAAGCUGUACUUGCGUCAGAUCAGGCGACGCGUACAAGAUCGCGACGACGAUGCCGACGCUCCCGACAGUAUGCGUGGUACCGCCUACCGCUAUGCGCGGUUGGGUAGCCGAGUACGACAAAGUCAUCGACACAGCGCACCCUGUAGCAAGCCGCUUGAAGCUCUCGGUGGCGCACGAAGACUACAAGAGAGAGGAAAGGCUCUACCACGGAGAGGAUCAAGUGAAAGAUACACAUGGGGUUGCUGUGCAGCAGGAGGACGUGAGUAUGCGGUUGCUCGUAAAGGGCCGGGUCGGCUUAGCUAAUAGGCUCAUUCUUGUCAGUCGUCACGGCGCCACGAAACUUCAUGCUAGGUACGACCAAACGAGAACCAACAUCGCCGAUAGAAACGGGAAACUGAUCCGAGAGAACCUUAUGGGAACUGCGUUUGUCUUUUUCGACGAGUCGCAUCAGUAUAACGGCUCGCCGGAUAGCCCUACCGAUCCUUUUCGACUUCUGGGCAAGCUUCGAGACAGCGGCUGGAAGGAGCCGUCGGCUUUCACAGUAUCCGCGUCAAUUCCCAUGGCCGGACCCGUCCAGCUUGCUAAUGUCAUCGAUCAUAUUCUAAAAAGCAGGCGUCUGCAAGGCUUGGAGGCUAAGAUCGGUGGCAUUAGCGAUGUGGGCGUUUUCAAAGAUAGGCAAGCCGACUAUAACUACCUGCUGGGUAAACUUGACCGAGCAAAAGACCCGAAAGCAAAAAAGGAGGUUAAAAUACGUCGAGGGAGGCUCAGCGCAUUGGAGGAAGAGCUGGCUCCUCUGGUGCUAAUGGCUCGUCGUCCUGCGGAUGAGUUCAGAGGGAAGCAGAUUGGCGAAGGGAGCCAGGAGAUUAUCGUGGAGUUCAUCAACUGCCCGAUGAGAGACGGUGCGGCUCAGGAUGCAUUUAGACGCCUGGUAGCUGAGGUGCGGAGCUACGUGAGACUAACCCUACAAAAACAAAAGCAAGAGUGGGAGCAAGGCGGCCAAGUAGGACCAGAACCCUCCGAACGCAGCGUCGAGAAAAACCUCUUCAGAGGCAGCAAUGUGAGGGCUAGGCUGAGCGGAAGAUCCGGUCACGCAUGGACGCGACUUGUGCGAGCAGGAGUAUAUCCGGCCCUCGCUCGCCUGAUAGAGGCAGACCUGAUCCAAGACGAAGACCUGCAUCACGGGACUAUCAACCCGCUUGGGGCCCGGGCGUGCAAGGCAUACCUGGCCCAGGGCCGUGCAGCCAUGGUUAAGGUAUUUGAGAUGUCUUCACUUUCGCGAUGUCGCUGGGAACUUGCGCAAGAGUCUGCCAAGUUCACCAAGCUCCGCGACUUCGUGGACGACAUGAUUUCGUACAGAAGCAAAGUACCAACCGCAGACGACCCCGGCCCACGUGACGGAACAAACAUUCGCCAUAUGAUCGUCCUCGCCAAUUCGCCCUGUUCCGCAUUUAUCACCUACAUGCAAUUAGCCUAUGUCUACAAGGAAGUAAAGGUGAUGCUAAUUAAUGCCUCUACGAAACAUGAAGCGGGCGCUAGCGAUAGCGGGUACGGCAGGAGUCAGAUCAUAGAGGACCUCAACUCGCCCUGCAACGAGACCUCUCCCAACAAGAUCCUCGUCUCUACCUAUACCAUAUGCGCAGCGGCGUUAAACCUCCAGCGAGCCAACUACUGCGUCAUGAUGGAGCCGGCCAGAACGAUGGAUGUGGAGAAGCAGGCGGCUGCGCGGGUCAACCGGCGAGGGCAGGACAUGAACACCGUGACGGUUAUGUUGUAUGAUAACCGGAACCUUGCCGAGUCGGUUCGGCUGUCGAGGAGAGCUAACCACGAAGAGAUGCUGUCGUGGAAGGAUAACGAAAUACCCUGGGAUACAUUUGUGUGUUGA